AUGGAUGAAGAUUAUAAUCCCUUAUCAUGGAAUCAAUUUUUUGAUGACAAAAAAUUUGUAACAAUUAAUGAAACAGAUAAGUUUUGUACUUACUUAAAAGGUAACUCUGGGCCAGUAUUUUAUUUUAUUCAUGGUGCUGGACUUAGUAGUCUAACAUGGGCUGUUUUAACAAAUUCCCUUACAACAGCAAUGGAGUGUCGUAUUUUAGCUGUAGAUUUAAGGGGACAUGGAAUGACAACAACCUCAAAUGAUUUUGAUUUAUCUAAAGAAACAUUAAUUAAUGAUGUUUAUGAAGUAUAUAAUACAUUAUAUGGUGAAGAAAAGCCUAAGUUAAUAAUGAUUGGUCAUAGUCUUGGUGGGGCUAUUGCAAUUCAUUUAGGGGCUAAGAAUAUACUUCCAAAUUUACAAGCUUUAGGAGUAAUUGAUGUUGUUGAAGGAACAGCUCUUGCAUCUUUAACAACUAUGCGUUUAAUUCUAGAUAAAAGGCCAAAUUCUUUUUCAAGUGUAGAAUCCGCUAUUCAGUGGUGUAUAAAUACACAUGUAACAACAAAUUUAAUUUCUGCUAGAGUAUCAAUGCCCGAUCAAAUUAAAGAAGAGAAUGGAAAAUUUGUAUGGAGAGUAGACUUAUAUAAAAGUGAAAAAUAUUGGCAAGAAUGGUUUAAAGAUAUUUCAAAACAAUUUAUUUCAGUCCCUGGAGCCAAAAUUUUAAUUCUUGCUGGUACAGAUAGACUAGACAAAGAGUUAACAAUUGCACAAAUGGCUGGAAAAUUUCAAAUGGAAGUUAUUAAAAAAACAGGUCAUUUGGUACAUGAAGACAAUCCUGAAGAUGUAGCAAAUAUUUUUAUAAGGAUGAUGAAAAGAUAUAAGAUGGCAAAAAUACUUGAAGAAUAA